CCCUCCUCAGCCCUCGUCACCACCCCAAAAUGAUAGCCUGCCGUCGAAACCCUAAUCCUUCUUUCACCUCUGGAAUCGAUCCAAGCCUCGUGAUCGAGGCUUUCUUUAUUCCAUCUCUCGCCGCCUAUUCCAAUCUUCUUCUAUUUCUCAUGGCGAUUUCUCGACGAGCGUCGGUGAAAUCCGGACGAGUAUCGCGAUUGCUUCUCCCCGAGAACUCUCGCCAAUGUGGCCGCGCACCUUUCCGGGAAAACCCCUAUAGAUGCCAACUACUGUGUUUUAUCAGACACCAGGGUCCAAAUGGCUGGCCUAGGUUCUUAGAAUAACUAUGCAAAUCAAGGCUGCAGUUCCACAGGAGGGGUUUGCUAGGCCUAAUAUCAAGGAUUAACGAUGGGAAGUAUGUGCUUCCCUUAUCGUCCAAACUCCAUGCGGCAGCGUUGAAUUUUUCCUCCAGCACCAACCCUACUCAAUAAUGAAUACGAGGGAUGGUAUCAGAUCCAGUCCAGUUCAGGAAUGGUAUGGCCGUGUGAUAUUACGGCAGCGCCACGUGUGUUGGUGCUAGGCGCAUGAUUUGUUCAUCCUAGGUUUCGUCCUAUGAGGAUGAUGAGUGAGCGCAAAUGCUCACGGGUGGUUGAAUGGGGAGAACCCCGUCAAAGAGCACGUGUCCGAGGGUGUCGCUCUAAACGAGCGAGCCGCCGCACUUGGGCCAUGGAGCUCCCCCGCACCAACGCGACACGUGUCCAGAUCCGUGGCAGCUGUAGCCAGGGGAGGAUUCACGGAGGCGCGCACGGUCCGGCGAGAAAGAGAGAUAGAAAGGAAGAGAGAAAGAAAAGGAAGAGAGAAAGAUUAAAAAGAAACGAGGAAAAAGAAAAGAAGAAGGGGGCGUACGGGAGAAGCUUAUUAGCGGCUGGGAUCUAUCGUUCUCUGGGGUCUCUCCCUGGGCCUACCGCACGCGCGAUAUCGGUAUCCGGAACCUGGUGGAUUCUUCGAUCCGCUUGCGUCUGCCUGUUCCUGGCACUUGAGAGAAUAGAGAAGAACGAGAAAUUUCGAGAAAGGGUUUGUAUCGACAACGAGACGUGUGAAGGCUGCACCCUUGUCAAGGUGGACAGCGCCAACAGGCAUGGGAUACUGCUGGACAUGGUACAGGUCCUCACCGAUCUGGACCUCGUCAUCUCCAAAUCCUACAUCUCAUCCGACGGUGGAUGGCUCAUGGAUGGUAUACACCGUUACUUUCUCUGUGUCUAUAGAUAUCAAACACGGAAUCUACGUUUUGCAUGUACGCCACCCGUUCGAGUUUCGCAACUGACUGAAAUAUGUAUCCAUAUGUAUAUGGAUGGUGGUGCAGUGUUCCACGUGACGGACCACCUCGGCAGCAAACUCACAGACCCCACCCUUGUCCGCUACAUCCAGCAGUCGCUGGUGGCGGAGCGGAGUGGAGUGGGCCCCGGAGAGGUGCGGACGUGCCUGGGGAAAUUGGUGGGCCCCGGCCACCAGCUGGCCUCAGAGCACACUGCGCUCGAGCUGACCGCCACCGACCGGCCGGGCCUCCUAUCGGAGAUCUCGGCCGUCCUCACCGAGCUCGCCUGCCACGUGGUCGGCGUCCACGCCUGGACCCACAACGAGCGCGCCGCUUGCAUCGCCUACGUCGCCGACCGGGCCACCGGUCGGGCCAUCACCGACACGGCCCGCCUGGCCCACAUCCAGGACCAGGUCGACAGCGUCGUGGGGGCCCACCAGGGCCCCGGCGAACGCCGGUGGGUGCGGAUGUUCGGCCCCUUUCCGGGCCGCGUCCACACCGAGCGCCGUCUCCACCAGCUGAUGCGCGAGGACCGAGACUACGAGGCCGGCCCCCCUCCGCCGCCGGCCGACGCAGACCAGUUCGCGGCGGCCAACAUCGAGGUGAGGAGGAACGGGUGGCCGUCCUCAUCGUCGAUGGGGAUGGAGACGAGGGCGUCUAUCGAUAGCUGGAUGGAGAGAGGGUACUCGGUGGUGAACAUCAGGAGCCGGGAUCGCCCCAGGCUCCUCUUCGACACGGUCUGCACCCUCACCGACAUGCAGUACCUCGUCUUCCAUGCCGCCGUCAGCUCCCACGGGCCUCUCGCCAUCCAGGAGUACUAUAUCCGGCACAUGGAUGGGUGCACCAUUUUGGAUACAGAGAGCGAGCGGCAAAGGGUCACCCGUUGCUUGGUGGCUGCCGUGGAACGGAGGGUCUCCCAUGGACUGAGGCUGGAUUUGUGCACCAGAAACCGACAGGGCCUACUGUCUGACGUCACCCGGGCGUUCCGAGAGAACGGCCUCUCGCUGACGAGGGCGGAGUGUACAACACGAGGGGAGACGGCGGUGGGAACGUUCUACGUCACAGACGCCCAUGGGGGUGAGGUGGACCCAGAAAGGAUGGAAGCCGUGAGGAGAGAGGUCGGUGGGAGUUUCAACCUGGAGAUAAAGGAGAAUCCUGGAUGGCCGCCUGUUAAGACUAGCAAGGACCCGUCGCCAUCCAGAAGAAACAACAAUCCCGAGGAGGACCGUCCCAAGUUUUCCCUGGGUAGCCUACUAUGGUCGCGCAUCGAGCGAUUCUCGAGUAACUUCGGGUCCAUCAAAUCAUAAGAUGGGACCCGCAUUGUAGUGUAUAUAUAAAAUAAAUAGUACCGAGCUACUUCUGACUCUACAAAUGGUAGUACAGGUUUGUGGAUAUGUGACUUGGUAUGAGAAUUGGGAUUUGCUUUGUACCA